AUGGAAGGCAACAGUGGUAGAGGUAGAAGAAACGACUCGAUCAGCAGUGUCAUGUCUGUGGGCGCUGACAACACCUCGCCUUCUUGGACUGAUGACAACAACAACAAGGCACGUGCUGAUCAGAGAUCUUCACGUGCAGAGCAGCAGCUUGACCAUGAGGCAUCUGUCCACAUGCUUUCACAAUAUGCUCCUGAGGACUCUUCGUAUAUGGAUGCCUCCACCAGCUCUGACACCGAUCAAUCCGACAUGAUGAGUCCUCUUGAGAUACGCCACGCUAUCUUCGAGUUGCUCGAAGAACUCCCCGAGACUGCCGCAGUUGACCUCAUCACCCCUUACCAGAGAGCCGCCAUGCUGCCUCCUGUCACCCAAGAAUCACUCUGCGAGUUGGACGUCGGUCGCAUCAUCAACAACCCCAAGCUGCGUCACGAUGUCAACUUCGACCGGGAACUCCACUUCAGACCCAACCUUGAUGGCACCAGAGGCAAGCAGAAGCUCAAGUCAGCCGACGAGUACUGGAAGGCCUUGCUGGCCGAGCUGGAGAUCUACAGAGCAGUUGGCUUCCGUCUCAUGACUAGCAGAAGCGCAGAGGAACUCGAGUACUGGACCUGUAUGAUCAAGGCCAAUCAGAUCAGACUUCCUGGAGUCUUCAGCACUAUCCACGAGAUCCUCAAGACUCUCGUGCCCGAGCGUGACCAAGCCAUUGUCGCCGAAAGACUCGAUGUCGACAUGAUCAUGCAGCAGAUUUGCAAGGGCGUCUUCGAUCUUCUGGAUCUCGCCCAGUGGUUGGCCACAAUCCUGAAGGCACACUGUGCUCCCAUGAGAGAUGAGUGGAUCGACCAGAUGGUUGAGCAGACCACCAAGGGUGUGCAAGAGGGUGACCAGAAGGCUGUUGUCGUCGGACUCAGACAGACUCUGGCUAUCCUCGAGGCCAUGAAGCUGGACGUUGCCAACCACCAAAUCAGACACCUUCGCAGCCUGCUGAUCGAUGAUACUGUCAACUUCCAGCAGAAAUACCACAUUCACAAGAUCGCCGCAAACCGCUUCAAGCUCGAUGGUGCACGCAACUGGUUCAAGGAGGAGCAGACUCUCCUCAACGGCUGUAACCUCGCCCCAACCCCUCUAGAGACCUUCUCCUCGGCCGUUCUCCGCUCCUUGCUCGCUCAAAGCAACCUGACCCACUUCCCCGACACAUUCCACCUCGACUACGAACGUCUCCGCCUUAUUCGCAGCGAUGUCCACAACAUGAUCCAGAUGAACAUGUGCUGCAAUGCCUUCGAUAUUCUCAUCAAGAACAAGGCCGAUGAGCAGAGUCGUGCUGCUGCCAAGAAAUCUCUCCAGGCCAACAUCGCUGCUAUUGUUGGCGAUGCACGCCUCUACCUCGAGAACCUUGAAAACAUCUCUGCCGAGAUUGUCCGCCUUGUCCUGCAGCUGGAAGGUGCCGAUGCUACCUUCGACUCUGACAUGAUGAGCAUUGUCGAACACCACCUUCGCGCCGAACUGCCCCUUGGUUCUUCUGCUUUCGGUAUCCAGCUUCAGACAAUUCUCGACACUCAGCUUCCUAGAUUGUGCAACGCUGUCAACUCCAGCUCGAGACUUCCUAUUCUGGCUCUUCACGAUCUCAUGCUGCCUCCUAUCCAGCCUGCUGGCAAGCGUGCCCCACCCAAAGCCGUUGCUGAACCACUACUCGACGAGAUUUUGAAGCGUAUUACUCACCUCACUGUGAUUCACUGGCACGUUUGGUCGCCUAUUGUCUACGACGUUCAGAUCGAAGCCGAGUUGGCCCCUCUCGGCUCACCUGGCAACAAGCCAGACGCCUCUCACAUGAACACCAACACCGCCUCGCCCAGCUCGGGCGCUUCGACCCCCGAGAUGCAGAGCCAGAACGGUGGCUUCACUCAACCCACUGGCCCUUCUAUCACCAACGGACGCUCUCCAAAGUAG